AUGCUCAGGUUCACAAGCAGAGAUGCUUUGUAUCGCGAUUUGGAUGAGAUGAUGAAGCUUCGCCAGAAGUGCAAGCAUUUCCGUAUCUUGAUCAUCGGUAGAGCCAACGCCGGAAAAACAACAAUUCUACAGAAGAUAUGCAAUACCAACGAGGAAGCAUCGAUACAAGACGCAAAGGGCAAUAUGAUACCGAUGUCUACGAUUACACCAUCUAAUAUGCGGGGGAUGCAUGACAUUGAGAAAUCUCUGGUCUUUCCAAGUAAUCAAGGCUUCGUGUUUCACGAUUCCCGGGGAAUCGAGGCUGGUGGCAAGCAAGAACUAGACAUCGUGCAAAAUUUCAUAGCCAAGCGGGCGAAGUCUCACAAUUUGGAAGAUAGAAUCCAUGUCAUAUGGUAUUGCAUACCGGUCGACAACGAUAGAAUAUUUACCGCCGCUGAGAAAUCCUUUUUCGAUAGCCUGAGUCGGCAUGGAGGCGUUGAAACUCCGGUAAUUGCGAUAUUUACGAAAUUCGACCACCGUGACAUCGAGUCGUUCAUGUCUCUUCAAGAAGAGGGCCUGGAGGAUACCGAAGCAAAGGCGAAGGCACCUAAUCAUGCCAAAGAAGUCUUCGAGAAAGAAUUUCUACCUGAGAUAUACAACCUCAGCUACCCCCCUCAGCGCCAUGUAUAUUUGAGAGAUAUGCAAGAGCCAGAUUCCAGUGUCUCUGAACUUGCGGAGCGCACGGCAGAAGUACUUGAAAACGGUGUGCUGAGGCUAAUGUUCGUUUCCACGCAGAGGAGUAGCAUCACACUAUGUAUCAAAUACGCCAUAGAGCAGUCCUUGUGUGGUUUCCAUACGACCUGGUGA